CAGUGCGCAUGCGCCGUACCUCUUUGUGGCCCUUGUCUGAAUUAUGGUUGCCAGGGUUUAAGAUACCUUCUGUAGUGCUAAAUUAAAAGAUAGUCCAAUUUGAUAAAUGCACAACGUCUCAUUUUACAUAAGCUGUCAUUCGUAGACGCGUAUUAUCGGCUGAUAUUUGCGGACACAGGCACUGCUCUGCCUGGGCGUCGACUGGCCAGCAAGCACAGAGCAUCCAUUCAUCCUUUAUUGGCGUCUGAGCGUUUCUAAUCAAGCUAGCUGUCGUUAGCUGAGAGGCGGCGGGGAGCAGCGCUAGAGAGGGAGCUUUAAAAUGUCCGGUUACCAAGGAAAGAAGAACAUCCCACGAAUUACAAGUGACCGUCUCCUCAUCAAAGGAGCCAAGAUUGUGAAUGAUGAUCAGUCUUUCGUGGCUGAUCUAUACAUGGAGGAUGGAGUCAUCAAACAAAUUGGGGACAAUCUCAUCGUUCCAGGGGGUGUGAAGAUUAUCGAGGCCCAUGGAAGAAUGGUGAUGCCGGGAGGCAUCGACGUGCACACCCGGUUCCAAAUGCCCGACAGGGGCAUGGUGGCAGCAGACGACUUCUACCAGGGCACCCGCGCCGCUCUGGCUGGGGGCACAACUAUGAUCAUCGACCAUGCUGUGCCCGAGCCUGGCACGAGCCUGGUCUCUGCUUUCAAGCAGUGGAGAGAGUGGGCGGAUAGCAAGUCCUGCUGUGACUAUUCCCUGCAUGUGGACAUCACUGAGUGGAACAGUGGCACCCAGGAAGAGAUGGAAACUCUUGUGAAGGAUCAUGGUGUCAAUUCUUUCCUGGUCUAUUUGGCUUAUAAGGAUAUUUUCCAACUUUCUGACUCCCAGAUGUAUGAGGUUUUCAGUUUCAUCAGAGAUCUUGGAGCCAUUGCGCAGGUUCAUGCUGAGAAUGGAGACAUAAUUGCAGAGGAGCAGAAACGUAUAUUAGAGCUUGGGAUCACUGGACCUGAAGGCCACGUGCUAAGCCGUCCUGAAGAGGUGGAGGCCGAAGCGGUCAAUCGUGCUGUCACUGUAGCCAACCAGACCAACUGUCCUCUCUACAUCACCAAGGUGAUGAGCAAAAGUGCUGCAGACGUCAUCGCUCUCGCCAGAAAAAAGGGAGCUGUGGUUUAUGGAGAGCCCAUAUCUGCCAGUUUGGGGACAGACGGUACUCAUUACUGGAGUAAAAACUGGGCCAAGGCAGCAGCCUUUGUCACCUCUCCCCCGCUCAGUCCUGAUCCCACCACCCCUGAUUACCUCAACUCUCUGCUGUCAUGUGGGGAUUUGCAGGUAACUGGCAGCGCUCACUGCACUUUCAAGACUUCCCAGCGUGCCGUAGGAAAAGAUAACUUCACUAUGAUUCCUGAAGGCACCAAUGGCACCGAGGAAAGAAUGUCUCUUGUCUGGGACAAAUGUGUGGUGACUGGGAAGAUGGAUGAAAACCAGUUUGUGGCAGUCACUAGUACAAAUGCAGCCAAGAUCUUCAACCUGUACCCCCGAAAAGGCCGCAUUGCUGUAGGUUCCGAUGCUGACCUCGUGCUGUGGGACCCAGAUAUGAUGAAGAUCAUCUCUGCCAAGAGCCACAACCUGUCUGUUGAGUACAACAUCUUUGAAGGGACAGAAGUGCGCGGAGGCCCCCUGGUGGUCAUCAGCCAGGGUAAGAUAGUGCUGGAAGAUGGGAACCUGCACACCACAGAGGGCUGUGGGCGCUACAUCAGCCGGAAAGCGUUCCCGGACCAUGUGUACAAGAGGAUAAAAGCUCGCAGCAGGCUCACAGAGCUGCGAGGAGUCCCCAGGGGUCAGUACGAUGGACCAGUGUGCGAUGUGGCCGUCACUCCCAAGGUGAUUUCCACGGUUUCCUCGGUGAAGACCUCCCCUGCUAAGCAACAGCAGCAGCAGCAACAGCAAGUUAGCCAACAGCCAGUGCGCAACCUUCACCAGUCUGGAUUCAGUCUGUCUGGCGCUCAGAUUGAUGACAAUGUUCCUCGCCGCACCACUCAACGAAUCGUGGCUCCUCCUGGUGGCAAAGCAAACAUCACCAGCCUCGGUUAAGUUACGUCCUCCAGGCCGUCGCAGAACCAGAACCCACAACUAUCACUCACCAUCCCCCACUCCAAAAACCCCACCCAGUCCAAAUGUACUCCCACCCUAUUACCAUGUCACCCGAUGCAAGAAACAAGUCUAAUUUCCUCUUUCAGUAUUUUGAAACCAUCAUUUUUUUACCUUUUGCUUUGACUACAUAGAAGGAAAUGGGUUCAUGCAUCUUGUUGGUAAACUCUGUUAGGCCAGAAUUUUGAAAGGAACUUGCCAGAAAAGGAACUUAUAUGACUUU